UGCCAAGGUGAAAUUGUUUAAGAAGAAUCAGAGGAUGAGUGAAAUGUGGCACCAUAUCUGAUAUGUUUGAAUGUUUGUUUUACAAGUGAAGGCCCAUGAGUUCUCCCAACCACUCUCAUCACACCAUAGUCGGGCUAUCUGAUAUUUUGUCUUGUUGUACGUUCCUGGGGCAGCAGAUAGUACAUUACUUAAUUUGCUGGGAAAGCAUUCCAGCCUCAGCUCAGCUGUACUGCCACUCAUCUCUACUUGAAGGGUUCUAUUAGGUGGCUAGUCUUGUCUCUUGCUUGAUGGCCUUGCCAUUUUGUAGUGGAAGCAAAGCAAGCCAGCUGCUUUGAUCGACCGCCUUCAUAAACCCCUCAAGGAGCUUAUUCUUGCUUCCAUUUCCAUAGCCUGGUGGGAAGCCUUUGCCUGCAAAAGCCGCUGCUUCUAUUUCUAUAGCCUGGUGGGAAGCCAUUGCCUGCAAAGCUGCGGCAUGGCUGCCGCCUCGUCUGGCCGUGCAGAGGUCGACACCUCUCGCGCGUUCCGGUCUGUCAAGGAGGCGGUUGCCGUGUUCGGUGAGCGCAUUCUCGCGACGGAAGCACAGUUCAGGCCGGGUGCACAUGCCAACCAUCGUGUUGUUAGGGAGAGGAGUUCUUGGCGAGACUCUGUCGCCAUUGCUUCCUCAAAAGAGAAGCUUGAGGGGAGUUCUGACCUCAUCAAGGGAAGCCACUCCACCAAUCCAAACGCCGUCGCGGUUGCCAUUGCCAAGCACGAGGGAAAGAGCAGUGAGCCUGCUAGAAUUGUAAUGCCAGUGUCUAAUGCCCAGCCAAUGUGCCUGGUCCCGUUGUCUCCAUGGUCCCAGGCAUCAUCGUCGCCGUCUCUAGCCCACGGCGAUGACUACGACAAGCAGAUCCGGAAGGAAUCCAAUCUCAUGACCAUGAGCUCCAUCAAGAAGGUGGAGGAAGAGGCGGCCAAGACAAGGCUGGAGGCGGUGCAGGUCAAGAGGAGGCUGGCCGACCUGGAGCUAGCCAUGGCGAACCUCAACGCGAAGCUCCACCGUGCCCUCUCGAGGCUGGCAUACAUAGAGGCCGACAAGGCGGCGGCCGCAAGGGCCAGCAUCCAGCAGAGGGACAUCAACACGUCGGCGCUGACGGUCUGGGCCGAGGCGAAGCCCGAGCGGCAUCCAUUGCGACACCUGCUGAGCCUCAACGAUGCCGACGAGGAGGUGAAGCAUGGCCCGGAAAGGGAGACGACAAUGACAACGACAAAGAGGAAGAUGCAGAAGCAGAAGCCAAUCAUGCCCCUUGUUGUUCCGCUCAUUAGUGAGGUGCUUUUCUCCAAGAAGAAGAGGAUGAACGACAAGGAGAGCUUGUACCUGAAGGAGCUCUACAGCUUGCUAAGGCUGUCUUGAUCGGUGGUCUCCA